CCGUACGCCGGACCUGCAGCGGCCGGCUCUUGCGGAGGAUUGGGGGGCCUCGGAAUGCCCGGCUCCGGCUUCCGCGCCCACGUCUACCUGUGCAACCGGCCCCUAUGGCUCAAAUUCCACCGCCACCAAACUGAGAUGAUCAUCACCAAACAGGGCAGGCGCAUGUUCCCCUUCUUGAGCUUCAACAUAAACGGACUCAAUCCCACCGCCCACUACAACGUGUUCGUGGAGGUGGUUCUGGCCGAUCCUAACCACUGGCGCUUCCAGGGGGGCAAGUGGGUGACCUGUGGCAAAGCCGACAAUAAUAUGCAGGGCAACAAAAUGUACGUUCACCCAGAAUCUCCUAACACUGGUUCCCACUGGAUGAGGCAGGAGAUUUCCUUUGGGAAGUUAAAACUCACCAAUAACAAAGGCGCAAACAACAACAACACACAGAUGAUAGUACUGCAGUCUUUACACAAAUACCAGCCACGACUGCACAUUGUGGAAGUGACAGAGGAUGGUGUGGAGGACUUGAAUGAGCCUUCCAAGACCCAGACCUUCACCUUCUCAGAGACACAGUUCAUCGCAGUGACCGCCUACCAAAACACGGAUAUUACUCAGUUAAAGAUCGACCAUAACCCCUUUGCCAAAGGCUUCCGGGACAACUAUGAUUCCAUGUACACGGCUUCAGAAAAUGACAGGUUAACUCCAUCUCCCACGGAUUCUCCUAGAUCCCAUCAGAUUGUCCCUGGAGGCCGGUACGGCGUUCAAAACUUCUUCCCGGAGCCCUUUGUCAACACUUUACCUCAAGCCCGAUAUUAUAAUGGUGAGAGAACCGUGCCACAGACCAACGGCCUCCUUUCACCCCAACAGAGCGAAGAGGUGACCAACCCUCCCCAGCGGUGGCUUGUCACGCCUGUCCAGCAACCUGUGACCAACAAGCUAGACAUCGGUUCCUAUGAAUCUGAAUACACUUCCAGUACCUUGCUCCCAUAUGGUAUAAAGUCUUUGCCCCUCCAGACAUCCCAUGCCCUGGGAUAUUACCCUGAUCCAACAUUCCCUGCAAUGGCAGGGUGGGGAGGCCGAGGCGCUUAUCAGAGGAAGAUGGCAGCUGGCCUACCAUGGACAUCCAGAAUGAGCCCCCCUGUGUUCCCAGAAGAUCAGCUUGCCAAGGAAAAAGUCAAAGAAGAAAUUGGCUCCUCCUGGAUGGAAACUCCCCCUUCCAUCAAAUCUCUGGACUCCAAUGAUUCGGGGGUGUACAACAGUGCUUGCAAAAGAAAGCGCAUGUCUCCGAGCACCUCCAGCAAUGGAAAUUCGCCUCCCAUAAAGUGUGAGGACAUUAACCCUGAAGAGUACAGUAAAGACGCCUCCAAAGGCAUGGGGGCAUACUAUGCUUUCUACACAACUCCCUAA